UCUCUCUCUCUGCGCGGUUGUGCGUUGUUUGCCUCCCCCGAUUUUCCAACUCCCCCCGGGGGCCGGGCCAAGAAAGUGAAAGAAGUUUUCCCGCUGACGUUGGCGUGAGUGUGUGUAGUUGUUAACAGGCAGUAGCGUGCGUCCACCACUCAAUGUCCACUGCUGACCAGCCAGCGAGCGAACUGGCCAGGAAGUAGUGCGUAUAUGCGCGGCGUUUGCGCUGUUCUAGGUGGUUCUUAUAUUCGUGUGCAGCCGCUUUCCACCGGCAGGCGGGAAAGGCAGCUAACGGGAAUCCUAACGACUCCAGUUUGUCCAGCCGUAGCUGCCGCCCGGAAAUGGAUUUCCGCUGCGAGAAGUGACGUGAGUGCGUGAAUCGUGUCCAGUGAACGCGACAACCUCUCGGGCAGCAGCCGUGCAGUUCGCUAUAUCACGCUGUACUUUUCGCUCCCUCUGUGUGUGUGCGUGUGUGUGUGUGUGUGUUUAUUUUGUCGGUGGGAACGGUAAGGUGAGUCCCCAGGCCUACGGUGCACCACUUCUACGGGUUCUGGGAGCACCACUAUGCUCUCCUACGGGAUGCCAGUCGAGGACAUAGCGCCAGCUCGGAAGGAGGACAUUGCGCGAAAUCGUAGCCUCGACCUUAGUGCAUCAUCACACAGCACCACCGCCAAACCGGCCACCAUACGGUCCACCAUCAAACAAUCGGCGCACCAGCACCAGCUACAAUCACCACGGGGGUCGGGUGGUCGGACGGGGUCCUCCAGGGUGGUGGCGAAGGACGAGCCACAGGGCGAGAGUUCAACCGAACCACUGCUGCUGCUGCUGCCGCCGCCGCCGCAGGCGCAGCAGCCGCCGAAGGACUCGUCGGCCAAGGUCAGGGUCUUGGCCCAUCGCGGCCGCUUGGUGGCCAGUGACGUGGUGAACGGCAACGGGGCGGGCGACGGAACGGCCAUGUCGAAGCUGGCCGGUUUACUGAAACACACCACCACCCGCGCACCCGCGGGUGGGGGCACAGGACGUGGCUGUAUCAAGAGUAGCAGCUCCUCCACGGCAGGCAGGAGUAGUAGCGGCAGUAGUAGUAGUCAUACCGGUAAUGUCUACUACAACGGUUACCGUGCAGUAAACGAGGAUGACGAUGAUGAUGAGGAGCAGGAGGAGGAGGAGGAAGAGGUAAAAGAAAAAGGAAAGAAAGAAAAACAAAGAGAGAAAGAGAAGAAGGAAAAACAAACAGAUAAACAGAAAGAGAAAGAGAACGAAAAGGACUCUUGCAAUCAGCAGCAGCAGCAGCCCGACUCCUCCGUUGACUCCCACCUCAACUCCAUCAAUCCUCCGAACGGAGUGAACUCCCGGCCCACACUACCGCUCCCUGCCGUCAGCAAGUUUGUGCUCCCGGUUCCCGGCGUCAUGAAACCGUUCAACGGGAACGGACCGCCGGCGGAGUUGAGUGUCACUCGUGCCGGCGGGGGCGGCAGCGGUGACGUGUCCUUCGGUUCGGACUCGAACUCUCCGAUGGAUGCAGCUGCAGCUGCAGCGGACUGCGGGGCGGCGAACCGGCCAAAGGUCAUCAACAAGCUCGGCAAGCUCCCCAGCAAAAGUGUACCACUGAAAAGAGUAUCGUUCGGGUCAUCGAAGGGCUCGAUGGUCGAGACGCUGGUGUUCGAGACGCCCACACCGCUACCGGAGCACGCCGAGCGGGAGUUUUUCCAAUCGCCGGCCGUACUGCUGGGGGCCGGCCACACGACCGUCCACAGUGGAGGCGGUGCAUCGGUGCAACCGGGCUUCCCCGCUGCACCUGGCGGUGCUUCAACCCCGACACCGAACCAACACCCGCAUCCGUAUCCGUACCAUCCGCAGCAGCAUCAUCCGCAGCAGCACCAUCACCAUCACCAUCACACGCACCACUACUACUCGGUGGACGGUGCCGGCGGUCCCACUGUCGGACUCGGAGGACGGCCCCUCGACGACAGUGGCAUCGAGCUUCAAGAAGAAGUAGAGCGCUCGAAGGUGCGUGUGUCUUUCUUUCAAAGCAGCAAACCGCAAUCAAUUAGUCCACCGGAGCUGCUGCACCUGUACGGCGGUGGCGUCGGCCAGAAUUUGAUCUAUUUCGGCGACGGCGGAGGAGGUGUCGGCGGUGGAGACGGCAGCUCAGAAUGCUAUGUUAACAACAACUCAACGCUAGACACGUACAUCACGUCGGCAGCACUCAAUCAACAGUUCGACUCGCUACCGGGCCAUCAGCAGCCGCCCCAUCCGCACCCGGAUCACUGGGAUCCCAGCAUGGCCGCCUUCUACGGGCCCGGUACCGCCCCGCCGCCAUCAGCCGCGUACAAUCGCCAGAUGAGCACCGAAUCAGGCUGGGACAAUCCGUUCAGACCGGGAGGCGAUCUGUCGAGGGAGGCCGAUGAAAUAGUUAAUCUUAUCAAGGGCGGCAAACCUAUUACGCCGACCGGUGAUCAAAGCUUAGUGAACGGGGAUGGUGGUGCGGUGGAUGGUGAAGGCACGGAUCCUACCGACAGCCACACCGACGGGGGCACCACGAUAGUCGACGGGGUCGUUACAAAGGACGAGUCCGUUCAGCUACAGUCGAGCCAGCAGAAUGGGACAAAGUCGCCCCACAAAACACGCGCGGCCACCGGCGGCUCGGCGGCCGUCGGAUCACCGGCGACGGCGGGUACGAAAAAUGGCGCUCCGACGGCGGACGGAAGCAUGGCCCAGACACCGAUCAGCAAUCAGGUGAUACCGGGCCCGCAGUCCGCGUCGCACGUUGUUAUCGACGAGAAGAAGAAGAAAAAGUGCACCUGUUGCGUAAUACAGUAGAGGCGCCAGGUGACGACGACGAAUAACGAACCGAAUACGGCGGGAGGGGGGAUGGUGGCACAGAGAACAGAGAGGAAGCUGGGGAGAUGAUAUGCCCAACGAAAGCAGCAGCAGAAGAAGAGCAAGAAGAAGACGGGGAGGACGAAGAGGAGGGUAUUCUGGUAGUUUUCCUAUCACACCACCACCACCACCAUCACCGCCGCCGCAUGCAACAGGGCGUUACGUUUUGAAGGGCGUAAGAAGCCGUGGCGGUGGGAGGUGCCGGGGUUUCGCUUCCGGCCGGUCGGCCGGCAGGCAAAGGCGAGAGUGGGCCUGUGCUCGAUGUUGUCUAGCGCGAACCUCGCUGGACGUUCGCUUUUGAUCGUUGUUAGGGUUUGUGUUUUGAUUUUAUACCAGCCACACUCAGGAUCGGUCGUCAAGAGAAUGGUUUAGAAGAAAAAAAAACAAUGGUGUGAUCCGAGUACGCCGAAUGCAGCACCCAAUGCACAUUCUGUGUGUGUGUGUGUGUGUGCGUGUGUGUGUGUGUGUGUGCGUGCGUGUGUGAUGUGGGUGGCACAUCCUUUAAGUAGCAAACUCUUUGCAUCUUCCUUGCGUUUUUUUUAUUCAUCAUCACUCACUCUCUCUUUCUCUCUCCAUGCCUUCAAAGUCCCUUCAAGCUAUUUUGUCGUGUACUACUAGUUUUUGUAUGCACCUACGUUUUACGGUAGGUUAGCGAGUAAGUGGACGAUGGUUGUGGAUAAUCGCUGCAAUGCUUGGUUUAUAAUAUUUAUUCUACUUUGAGUUUAACUUAUGUUUUGCACUUGAACGGGGACUUUUUCUCAUGCCCGCGUUGCUCACAUGGCGGCGGGCAGGCAACCCUGGUCACACGUUGGACAGGAUAGUAAAACGAGACGCAUGGCGCAGGAGAGCGUGCCAAGAGCAGAUAAGAAAAGUGGUCUUGCAUAGAGAGAGAGAGACUAGAGCGUGGGAAAGACGUAGCAGGCACAGAGAAGUGGAAAGCAAAAGGGUGGCGAAGAUGACCAACGCGCGAUUGGGAAUUUUGAUUUGUGGCGAAGCAUGGCGAGGAACUAGAGAAGCUAGGUUCAACAUAGUGAUGCCUGUAUCGUCUCUCUCACACACGAACACACACGCAGACACGGAUAUUUUUACAAACGAUCAUAUAUAACAACAUUACAUAUAGUAACUAAUGUUAAUAGUUAAGGUUUAAGUGACCAAACGGAGGACGGGGCAGAGAAAACAAAAUGGAGUCGAAUUAAAUCAACUCAAGAUAGACCAAGUGAACGGGGCGAGCGAGCGAGCAAGCAAGCGAGAGAGAGAGAGACAGGCAGGCAGGCAGAAUGGCGGAACGGAAGCUAAAGAAAGCACGAUCACUGCGGUCCGUAUGAAUGUUAUCCGUUUUGGUUUGUUCGUGGUCGUCUGACGUGCGUGCGCAGAGACAAUUUUCUAUGUUUUAAGCCUCCCACCACCCUAACAACCCCCCCACACCCACCCGCGGUCGGUAAGAAUGACUCCGCCAAAGGAGAUCAGGGUGCGGUGAGUCGUCGCUAUAGGCAGACAGCGUAUUGUUUUAGUUCCUUUGUAUUGGAAGCAUGCUUUUAAGCACAACUACAGAGAGUCUGAGAACGAGGGAGAGUGAGAGACAGAAAGAGAAAGAGAAAACAGAGGUAGGGCAGGAAAGGUUUUUUGUUUUUGCGGAAAUGUGUGUCAUUUCGCUCGUCCCAUUUGCCCAUUCCUUCGCAUUGUAGCACGUGUGACAAUCGCUGUGCGUUUUCUAGUGCUCGCUGUACGCAUCACACCAUCAAUCAAUCGUUUCAGUGUAGCCAUUUCAGUGUAAUCGGCCAAGAGUUUCGGCCUACCGAUGUUGUUGCGACUUUGCGAGAGCCUACACACCCUGGUGCCAGUUUUACGUUAACUUCAGAUUUCUGUUCCAGUCUCGAUCUCAUACCAUCUGCCACCCAUUUUCUUUCGGUUUUUUUUUAUUUCGGCGCAAUGACAACUGGUGCAACUGGAUCGAGCAUAUUUCGAAACCCAAUAGUAUCCCUGUUCUUGUGUAGUGUCGUAAUCGGCCUGUAUCAUAUUACUGUGUAACGCUAUUCUUUAAAUAAAUUAAACCUUCUUUCGCCCGCACA